GGGCUAUAUAGCAGUACUGAGUUUGGAGAUGGGACCAAACCAAACAGCCCACAUCCUGAUCAUCGAUACCUACAUUGCAAUUCUUUUGGCUGAUGAGGUCUUGUGUUGGGUGUCAAUCUUAUCGAUGUGUCAUAUCUCCGUUGAGAUCACCAAUACUAGCCAGAGGCGUGGAAUGAUCUCAAACGUCUCAUCGGCUCCCCCCUGACUAGACAUUGAAUAUUCUUGAGCGUUUCCGUCUGCCGUUAUUCAUUCUAGCCUUGAACUGGGCUAGAUCCGGGGCUGCAACUGUAGUUCGUCGUAGGCAAACUCAAUCGUUGAUAUAUGAUAUCUGCAGGUGGAGAUCUGAGAUACUCCGAUGCUUUGAUUGUACUAUAUGCAGAGGGUACAAAGGUAUCGAGACUCGUAUUAUUUGCCUGAUGAUAGAUCGCAUGUAGACUGCUUGGUGUGGUCUUCUGGGAACAGGUACUGUUUCAUUGUCGACGUCUGACAAAAUUGUGCGAAGUAAUCCAAUGGCCCAAGAACAUGUCCUUUAUUGGCAUAGGCUGG